GCACACACGUCACAACAAAGUAGACCAAGUAGACCAUUCGAAAAUUCAACGAGGCGCUGAUGUAAACACACAUGAGACUCGUUCAGACGAGUUUGUUAUUGUUUACAUCUGCCUAUAUUUAUGUACUAAAAAAGUGAAAAAAAAUUAUUCUUCAGGUAUCGUCUCCAUUGAACCAUUAUAUUAUUAUUAAAAUCUGGAAUUAAAUAAUAUUGUUACCAAAGAUAAGGAUCAAUAUUGAGUACAAUAAUUUUAUAGAAAAAUUAAAAGAGUAAAACUUACUGAUCUUGAUACUCUUGAAAAUGAACGACAUAUUUAAAGAGAAUGAUUACAAACCAUCCACUGGAGUUGAUAAUAUAAUAAGAAAUGGUUGUACGUUUAAUGUAACAGCACAGUAUAUGGCUGUGACGAUGAUGGAUAAAUAUAACGAUAAAUCGUUUGAAGAAUUGCAUUUAGAAGAUUAUAAAGCACCAAAACUUUGGAAUCAUGUUGGUGCUAUUUCAAAUGCAUCUCUAAAGAUUUCAAAUUCUAAGCAAACUGAUACGGAUGAUAUUUGCGAAAAUAAUCAGCUGAAUGUAAUUAAGGAUUUUGUUGAAGAAUUAAUCAGUAAUUUACGUAAACUGGUAUUGAAAAUUGACCAAACUUCUUCUAACCCAACGUCAUCAACUUCCAAGAAUACUCCAGCAACAACAGCUACUGGUCCAUCGACUUUCGUUGCUAAUGAAACAUCAGCAAAUAAUAAAUUUUAUCCAACACCAAAAUCUAAUAGUUUCCCAUCUGCUGCCAUCAAAGUUACCCCUUCAUUUACUUAUAAUCCUUUUACAUCUAAUCAGAGCUGUUUCGCGACCCAACCACCGAAAACUGAUUUUUCUCAUCCUAAUUUUCCUUCCACCUGUAAUAACCGUAAAGAACAGUACACAUUUGUUAUGCCAUUUAACCAUAAUGGUGUUUCAAAAACAACCACUAGCUCAGUUAUUUUUAAUCCUACAUCAUCAAUUUUCACUGCACCAUCAGCCAAAGAGACAAGUUCUUCCACAUUUAAUUUAACUCCUCCUAAUAGUAAUUUUUUUACCACACCAGUUACUACUCCAUCAUUUUUUAAACCUACAACAUCGAUUUUCGCCCCACCACCAGUCAAAGAAACCAGUUCUUCCACAUUUAAUUUGACUCCUCCUAAUAAUAAUAAUUUUUUUACAACACCAGUUACUACCCCAUCAUUUUUUAAACCUACAACAUCGAUUUUCGCCACACCACCAGCCAAAGAAACCAGUUUUUCCACAUUUAAUUUUAUUCCACCUAGUAGUGAUUCAUUUUCAACACCAACGACUACUCCAUCAUUUUUUAAUCCUACAACAUCAACUUCUAAUGAAACAUCAACCACAGUUUCUAAUUCUACUGUCAAUCCUAUUCCACUAAACCACUCAUUUACUUUUAAACCAACCACCGAUUCUAAUCACAACCUUUUUACACCAUCUACUACUACUAGUUCUAGUAAUAGUAGUAGUAGUAGUGAUAAUAGAUGGGUCCUUACUACAUCUGAUUUUAAUUCUUUAAAAUCAUUAUCUACUGAAAAAAAACCCAAAUCAACUAAUUCUUUAACAAAUAAACACAAUUUCUUUAGCUCAUCAACCUAUAAAGGGAUUACACCGUCAACUCCUAAUUUUUUUACUUUGCCUCCAUCACAGCCAUCUUCAAAUAAAAUAUCUACCCCAGAAACUAAUCCUUCUAACUCUAAUCUUACAUCAUCAAACCAUAGUUGUUGGUAUCACACACCAACUAUUACUUCUUCUACUUUUAAUCCGUCAUCAUCUUCUUUUGAUAAAGAAACACCUGCAAAAACUAAUCCUCUUCAUUAUCCUAGUUUAUUCAAACAAUCAACAACCACUCCUCGUAUUUCUGAGACUUCAACAACAAAUUUAAUUACGAACGCUAAAGUAUCUGCUGAUUUUUUCACUUACAAACCUAAGAUAUCAAGUUCGAUCAGUUUCCCAGGACCGACAACGAAUCCUUCUGUUUUCACACCUAUACCAUUUAGUCAACGAUCUCAUUGGUGGACUGAUAUACAUCCUUCUAAUAUUAAGAAAUCAAACCCAUUCAAUUCAAAAGUUUUAUCAGAUACUUGGAAACCAGUUUCUUCAACAUCACACAGCAUAUCAUCACCAACAAAGCUUCAAUUAAAUUUUUCACCCCCGUCAACAUCAAAUGACCAUUCUGAGGCCCGUGCUGUGUGGCCUUUUAAUUAUUCACAUAUAUUAUCCAAGCAAAAAACUAACAAUGAAGCAGUUGAAAAACAAGAACUUAGUGACGAUGAGUUGGUUUCCUCAACAAUUAAUUGUAUCCAGUCAUUAAAUAUGAUUAUUUAUAGAGCUCAAAAAUCAAAGUUGAUUGGAGUAUGUGAAAAUUUUGAAACCGCUAAAAGUAAUAUUUUGAAGUCUGCAUUGAUUCAAAUACGCAUCGCAAAUCCAAGAUUUAUGUCUAAUGACAAGUGCGCAUUUGUUAGUGAAUCAUCUUCGGUUUUAAAAGCUACCGUUAAAGACAAUAUUUUAGAUGGUAAACCAUUCAGAGCUCAACGAUACUAUGCCGCGAUCGCGUUGUGUUGUUUGAAAAAAGAUAUUGACUCACUGGUACUUGGUGAUUUAACGAAAAUUGGCGAUGAUGGUGUUAAUUUAUCAGACGCACAAAAGCAAAAAAUUGCACUCGCUAGAGUGUUUUACGCUAACAAAGAUAUAUAUAUUUUCAACAAUGCAUUUAACAAGAUCGAUACUAAAGACGCGCGAUUUAUAUUUGAAAGUUUAAUUGCUGGUGCUCUCAAAGAAAAAAUUGUUAUUUUGAUUGAUAAUCAAUUUUCUUACCUUCGUCGUUGUGACAUAAUUUACAUACUAAACAAAGGAAACAUCGUUGAAGAAAACACUCAUCAUUAUUUGAUGACUACAAAUAAAUUUUAUGCCUCAUUCGUCAAAAAUGCUGAUGCAGAUAACAAUGUAACUGAUAAUAACGAUAUUCAUGAUCAAUUAUCGAAUCAAAAUGAAAAUCCACAAAGUUUGGUCACUCAAAAAACUCAAGACAAUUCAAAAGUAAAUGAAUCAAGCCAGCAAACUGAAGAUAAUAGUAUUGAAACAGGAACAUACAAAAAUGACAAGGAUGAAAUACAAGAAGCUAUUAUAGAAAAUCAUUUUGAUAAUAAUAAAUCAGAUAGUACUGAAACUAUUGAAUUGACAGAAAUAUCUCAACCAAUUCAAAUAAUUAAUAUUGAAAAAGAAAAAAAUAAAGAUCAGGUUGAAAUUAAUGAACCGAAAAUGCAAUUAUCAAAUGAAGUUGAUAAUAAUGAAGCAGAAGAAUCAAGUCAACAAAAUAAAGCUCAAAAUGAUCAGCUGGACGAAGAAAAAAUUGAUCAACAAAUUCAAGUCGAGAGUGUUGAAACAAAACAACUGGAAAUUACUGAUGUUGAUAAGGAUGAAACCGAACAUGACUUCGAGAUUUUCUGAAGAAAAAUAAUAUAAUAUAUAACUUAUGAAUACUUGAAACAUUAAUAAUUUUAAUACUUACCUUGUAAUAAAUUAUAAUUUUAUUAUAACUGUAGAAUUCGACAUAAUUUUGCAAUAGUUGUAAUCGUUUUGUCUAGAAAUACUUUAAAACAUUGUUUUUGAUACUUUAAUAUAAUAUAUUUGUUAUACUACACCAAUAGAAAAAUUUAAUGUUUAUAAUACACAUUUACUUUAUACUGAAAUAUUUUUUCGAUAAAAAAUAUGAAAAUGCCUUAUUUUUUAAUAAAAGUUCU